AUGGCUUCAGUCUCCAUCGCUCCCCGGCCUCGCCCCGGCUCCUCUGCUCCCUCCCAUGUCUCCCUCUCCCUCCAGGCUCUCUCCCCUCUCUUCCACACCCCUCAGGAUCAAGCUGCUCACGUCCUCGGCAUCUCCCUCACCAGCUUGAAGUCUGCCUGCCGACGCCUGGGCAUCUCCCGCUGGCCGUACAAGCGAGGAGGAAAUAGAUCUCAGCCGGUGCAGGAAGCACAGCAAAUGAAUCGAAAUGCUUUUGAGUCCUACGAAGCAUGGCUGCAAGAAUUCUUACCGGCACAGCAUCGACAGGACGUUGCGAGUUCAGAUACUUCAUAUAUUUAUGAUCAGAAGAUUUCAUCGGAAGAAACGGGCAGUGAUCUGAAUGCGUGCAGCAUGCUGGUAGACCAAGAGAACAGAACAAUUGAGCCAGAAUACCUUGAAAACGACAACAACUCCAUUCUCCAUCUUACAGAAAAUGGUGAGGUUGUCAUGGUGAAUCCAGCAGAAUGGAUAGAUCUGUACUUGCCAAGGGUCGACGACGACAUCAAAAUGCCCAAUUGGUCUCCAGAGAUUUUUGCGUGA